AUGUUCGAGCCACCUUGCAGCCGUGAUGGUUCAAGACCCCGACCUCUACAACUGCUUAGUCCGCCAGGGACCGCGUCGAAUAAGAAGUAUUUUCGACUUCCCUUUACUUAUGUCCGUCGGGUCAUUCUCAUCCAAAAUAAUGGCCGCAGUCCCAAGGUUCAAUUUCGGUUUGCAUUGCCAACUCGUUUAUUGUCGAUGACGUUGGAUUUUCUGGGUGGUGAUGGCGAUCAGAAUACGGUCUUGGCUCGCCAGUCAUCCUAUGUCUCUGCUUCUUCAAGUAAUUCCGUCCAACGUCCAGCGCUGCUUGGUUCUGUAAACAAGAUACAAACACAACUACAAAGUCUCUCGCCCGAACAGCCUGUUGCUUCUAUCAUGGCGUCCGUGGUACUAGCCUCGAUACACUCGCUCCCCGUCGAAAUCCUCUUCGCGAUUUGCAAACUUCUUGGCCUCCACCAUUUCCCCACAAAUCUAGAUCCUCAAGAUGAACAAUCACACCGCUUUUUCCUCCAAAUUCGCGGCGUCUGCAGAUUAUUCGACGAUCUCAUCUCUCCUUUUCUCUUCGAUCACAUUACUCUCCGCGUCGACCCAGAUGGGCUUCGCUUCAAGCCCCCUGUGUGGCAGUUGGCAUGCGGGAGAGCCCGAUUAUGUGGUUGGGUGAAGUACCUCCACAUCAUCUCUUCUCCCGCAUCGUGCUUUGCCCCUGAACGAGUUAAAAAACUUGACUCGGACGAAAGGGCACUGCUUAAACAAGAAUUGGAACGGUAUUUCACACCCGCCGUCGCGGCCAUGAAGGGAUUAAUAUCGUUCAAGUGGACCCUCACUCAGGACCUCCCGGCCCCACAACACUUUCAAGCCGCAAUCACAAGGGCAUUGGUCGACCUCCCGUCGCUUACCGACCUCAAUCUCGGUUUCCUCAGAGAGUUGACCCCCAGCGCCGUGCUCGACUCGCGCUGGACUGUCCCGUGUCGUCCGAAUCUCACCAUGAUCAGCGCCAGCAUUCGACAUCUCACCAAGCUGCAUUUCCGUCUGCAUCCCCACCUCUAUCCCGAGGUCUGGGUUGAACUACUCUCUCUUAAUGUUCAAUUGACGGACAUUGCGGUCGACAGUUUCAGUGAAACCCUUCUUGAGUAUCUCGGAUCGUACAACGGAUUACAAUCUUUUUCCAUGAAGUACGCACGUCCCGUGUCUCUUAUCCCUCAAUCCGUCGCUCGUGGGUUAUUUGACGCGCUUGGUAACCACAAAGAUACUCUUUCCGUGCUCCUGUUACCGCAUUUUGACGGGCUUCCCCUGCCUUGGUGGACGCUGCAGGCCAAUGCAGCGGCAUUGGUCACUUUCACGCAUCUUCGGCACCUCUCAUUAAGUGUGAUAAUUCGCGAUCUGAGUCAAGCAGAAAGCGGCGUGACCCGUGAACUGGAACUUCUGUCUAAAAUAAAGUCCCUGGAACAUUACUCCAUCAAUGAAUGCGAAUUCGCUUCUAUGGGCCGUCAAGAAACUGUAUCAAAUGUUCUCGCCUGCUUGGAUCUGACUGAUUUCGCGCAUACUCCUUCACGCAUAUCCGUCCACAAAUCAUUUUUCACUCGGUAUUUCCGCUUGGAGACCUUUCGAGACAAAGACGGGGUAGAGAAGAAGAGAUAUAGCUUCUGUAAUAGUUUAUGGGAGCUUCCCUCAACGGAAAAUCUCUGUUGA